CAGCCAGCCAGCCAAGGCAGCAACGUGACGAUAUCCACCUCGAAGAUACACACGAGCCAACAAGGGCAGGCAGGCACGAGAUCAGUUCCAGAGGCCGCAAACAAAGCGCGCCCAAGAUCGAUGUGAUCCGGGGGACGACAUGCCCACAUGAGGACAAACCAAACUCCAGCUAAGACACCACCACCUCCUCACAUCUCAUCUCAUCAUAUCCAAUCCCAAUUCCCCCAACAAAAUCCCACCACCUCCUCCUCCUCCUCGUCUCGUCUUCCCUCGCAGCACCAACACCGCCGAGAUCUCUCUUCUUCUUUCUUCCUUCUCCGAUGCGAAGGGGGAGGAAUUCGCAAGGGAACAAGCGAGGAAACAAACAAAGCAACCAAAGAUGGCACAAAAAUAGCUUUAAGUAAGUGAGCGAAGCAGGCAGGGCAGGCAGGCAAAGGCCACUAGUUAAACUACACGGCCACACCCCAUCUGAUACUACUCUCAUCUCAGCCUAGAGAGAGAGUGUGUGAGAUAGUAGUAGCGAGCAGGAUAUCAUCAUCACGGCAGCAGCAGCAGCAGCAGCAGCAGCAGCAGAAAGAGAGGAGAGAGAUUGUGCGUGUGUGAGGAGAGAAAAAGGCUUUGAAGAGGAGAGAUCCACCUCGAACUAGUAGCCCCCGAGUCCCCGAGUCCGGAGUCCUCUUGUUCUUCUUCUUCGUUGCUGCUGGUUUGGUGGGAAGAAGAAUUGGUGCGUGUGUGUGUGUGAGGAUGAGGGAGGAGGAGGAACCGAGCUGGUUCGCGCGGUGGGAGGAGCAGCUGCCGGCGCCGGACGAGCUGAUGCCGCUGUCGCAGUCGCUCAUCACGCCCGAUCUCGCGGUGGCCUUCGACAUCCCGACGCAUGGGGGUGGUGGUGGUGGUGGGGUGGGCGGGGGUGUUGUCGGGGGUGAUGGGGUGGGAGGUGGAGGUGGUGGUGGUGGUGGUGGUGGCGGUGGCGUGGGGGCAGGGGAGAUGAACGGCGGGGCGUCGUCGGCGGCCGGGUCGAGCGGCGGCGGCGGCGGCGGGGGAGGUGGCGACGAGCCGGCGCGGACGCUCAAGAGGCCCCGGCUCGUGUGGACGCCGCAGCUGCACAAGCGGUUCGUCGACGCGGUGGCGCACCUCGGCAUCAAGAACGCCGUCCCCAAGACGAUAAUGCAGCUGAUGAGCGUCGAUGGCCUCACGCGCGAGAACGUUGCGUCGCACCUCCAGAAGUACCGCCUCUACCUCAAGCGCAUGCAGGGGGUCGGCAACGGCGGCGGCGGCGGAGGAGGGGGCGGCGCCGGCGCCGGCGGGAGCCACUCCUCCGGCUCCGGCACGGACGCCGCCACGGAGCACCUCUUCGCCACCGGGCCGGUCCCCUUCCUCCCGCCCGGCCGCGCCCCCGCCGGCGGGGACCCGUACCCGCCGUUCGCCCCCAUGGGCGGGCACCACCACCACCCGCCGCAGAUCGGCCACUUCCACCACCACCCCGCCGCGCGCCCGCUCGGCCACUACGGCUCCGGCCCGGGCGCCGGCUUCGACCACGGGUUCCUCAGCCGGGCCGUCGCCGGAGGCGGCCCGCCCGUCGGCCCACCGGGGAUGCACCACCGCAUGGUCGGCCCCGCCGCCGGCAUGGCGAUGAUGGCGCCGUCCCCCUUCGCCGAAGAGCUGGAGCUCGGAUCCCGAGGAGGCGGCGGCGGCGGCGGGCGCCGCGAGCUUACUCUGUUCCCGACGACCGGCGACCACUGAGGCAAGCAGACAGACAGACCGACGGCGGCGAGCCGGCGACGGGCACCGGGCUUCCGUCCUCGGGUACAUACAAUUCGUUCGCUUCAUCUCCCCCUCUGCUAGUUCCCCACCAGAUCGGCAUAGGAAUCGAGCAAGUCCCAUCGCAUCAUCGAGUCCCAAGAAUUCUUGGGAAUUAGCACUCCACCGCUCAUGUCUCAAUCCAAUCCGUAUUGCUCCCAAAACUCUUGCCCCUCCCCAUUUGUUGCUGCUGUUCUUGUGUUGCUGCUGCUAUUUGUCAUUGCUCUUCCAGUUCUCACCUCCUCCUCCUCCUCCUCUUCUCCUGUUCUUGUCUUUGAUGACAUAAUUAAACUUAGCCUUAGAGAGGAUGAUUAUUUAGAGGGUAAAAAGGAAUUGUGACAGUUUGGUAGUACUUCCAUCUUUGUCGUCCAAGAACACCUCAUCAAAAAAACAAAAGAGAAAAAAAAUCAAAUCAUUGUGAUUGCGCCAUGGAGGAUCCGGGGUCAAAUUGCUCUGCUCAUCCUGGUGACUGUCACUCACUUGGUUCUUGAGUGAUACAACUCCAACCAAACAAGUGAUGCAAUCAACUGCCACUGAGAAGAUUGCAUGGGUGUAAUUGGCAAGUGUGAUAUAGGCAGAGGAUUGAAUAAUUGGCAAGGACCCACUCCAGGAGAUGAAUAAUUCUGAGGAUUAAGCUUUAUUUGUUGUGAAUGAAUGAUGAUAAUUAGGCAUGUCUUGGUGAGCUCAGAUCAUCUUCCGAGUGGCCAAAGAGAUUCAUAGCUUAGCUUCUACCUUAGUGUUUUGAGGAGUAUGUGUAGCAAGGGUUUCAGAGCAACUCGAAUUGGAGUUUGUUUGUAGUAGCAAUCACUUGUAAAUCAGCGGUAAAUUGCCUCUCGUUUUCCUCGUAGCCGUGAGAUGAAAGAAAAAAAAAGAGAGAGAGAAGAAGAUCUUCUUGAGUUGUGCUAGUACAGUGAUGCUUUAUGUUCUUGUACAUUGAACCCUGUUCAGUUCAAGUCAAAAUUUUCACAUUAUCUGCA